AUGUUCUGCCUGUUGCUUUUCAUGCUACAUUUGGCUGAGCUGUGCCUGUCGACGAGAGAUCACGAGCCAGCGAGCAACCACUUAAGGGAGGCGACCCCACAGGCAAGUCUGUUGAUGUGCGAGGAAGAAAUAGUGGAAGCGAUCCGUGCAGAGAAUCAAGGCACUCUGCUGCAAACGCUACCAGCUUCCCGCUCGACUGCUUUGAAAACAGAAGUCAAGAAUUCGCAUAUAAAGAACGUGAAGAGAAGAGAGGAGGCUGAGGUUUCGCCUGCUGUUGCUCAAGAAGAAGCAGUCGAUAUGUUAUGCAGCGGGCUACGAACUGAUGUAGAAACCACUCACUUACAAAAUCCCCUUUGUUCUGAUGACCCUUCCUGUGCAUCCUCUGAAGCUAGCAAUCCUUGCGAAAGAAGAUACCGUAUUCAUUUGGGGUCAACGUGCGAAUCAUUAGCCAGAGUGAGUCCGAAUCUUCAUCAUCAAGCUGAGGGGAUGAAUGACAAGCACGUUUCGGGAAAUCUGUGCACGCCUUCUCGUGCUGCGUGUAAGGAUCGAGAAGGCUUUGACAUCGUCAUUGGAGAAGAUGAUGGCCAAGAUCGCCAAGAUAGAUGA